CGUCUUUGCGAGCUCUCUACAUAUCACCCACAUACCUAGGGUGUAGACUAAAUGAUUGUGAAAGACUUUGAAAGCAUUUUUGGUGUGCAUCUCUUGGAUAUAUAGACUGAUGUAAGUUUCUAGAUCUAGAUCUUCAAUUCAAAUGCAUACGUGUCAACUAUAUUAAAGUUUGAUAACAAUGAGUCGCUGUGAAGAAAUCCCGCAUAGAACUAUUUCCCAAAGUAUAAUUCAGUCUAUCGGAAAAUUUUGCAAAGAAGAUAACGCUGGUGACUUUGAGGUCAUCAUUGAAGGCGAGAGCAUCAAAUGUCACAGUCUUAUUCUCGCUUCAUGUUCGGAGUUUUUCGGAGGUUUGCUCAGAUCUAAUAUGAAAGAGAAACUAGAAAUGAAGGUUGACUUACCAAGCAUUUCCUUCAAGACUUUCCAGCUGAUUCUCGAGAUUCUAUACACCGGAUGUGAGUUGUUGACGAAAGACAAUGUCUUGGAUGUUUGGGCCGCAGUUCAUCAGCUUCAAAUUCAUUUCUUAGUUCAGCAUUGCGAGGAAUUUGUUUUGGAAAAUAUUUCAGUGGAAACAAUGGAUGCAAUCAAAAGACAAGCAGAUUUCCUUCAGUCUUACAAAGUUUCUGAAAAAAUUCUCCAGCAAAUGCUCGAGAACUUUUCAACGUUCAGGAAUACUGAAGCCUUUUUACGAUUAGAUUUUGAUGACAUUCUAAAACUGAUUGGAAAUGACCAGCUUAUCGUGAGUUCCGAAGAUUGUGUCUUAUUUUCAGUCUAUGAUUGGGUCAGUUACGGAGACUUGACAACUCCAAAACGUCAGGAAAUCGGUAAAAGUGCUAUGGAGAAAAACGUCCAGACUUUAGCCAAAAAAGAUGCUGACGGUGUCACUCAGGGCCUAGUUGAGGAUUCUGCAGAUAAAGAGACAGAACAAGAUGGCACACUAAUAUCGAAUCAAAUUCAAUCUAAUGAAAGGACGAAAUAUUUACUACAACUUUUAAAAGCCACCAGGUAUUGUCUUGGCUCUGAGUCCUGCAUCAAGAAACUGUUUUGGAAUAAAUUAACUCAGAGCAACACGGAGGUAAAAAAUGUUUUCUUCGAAACGUCUGUGUUCAAAAUUUCCAGCAAUCUCACCGGGUUUUGGCCGAACGCAGGCAUUCACCGUGAUUGCAGUUACCUGGAACACGUCGGUAUCACGAGUGGGUUUGUACUUGAGGCUUUUUCUUUUAAGCAAAACAAAUGGUCUCGGAUUCUUGAAGCUCGGACACUGGUCAGUUUGACAAAGUUAAUCAUUUUCAACGGUCAGCUGUACGGUUGCACAAGCGAUGAGUACGAGAGUGAAGUGUACCACUUUUUAAAUAAUAAAUGGGUCAGCGUGUUCCGUUCUUACAAUAAAAUAGAUCUGUUUUUGUCCCAUGAGAAAUGUAUUUACGCUAUAAGUCCAGAAAACAGCAGCAUUGAAAGAUUUCAGCCCCACAACCCAAUGGCGACGUUCGAAUAUUUAAACCAUGCUAUGGGAAACGCGGAGUACGCCAUGAGUUUCUAUCAGUACAUCCUCUUCUUUGAGACGCUGGAACACAGCAGCGCAGUGAAAACACGAGUCAUAAGUUGGGAUCCUGAGAAAAACGUCUGGACUCGUUUAGCUGAUUUAGAUUUCUCAGCAGACGAUAUGACAAGCUUUAGUGAUGAGCUAUACGGUUACGUCAUAGACGGAUCUGGACAUCUGUACCGAGUUGAGAAUUCUGAAACAGUUCAAUUCACAUUCAUAGAAAAGCUCUGGAAUGCGUAUCCUGUAUUGAAAGGGGCUGUUCUUUUUAAGGAAACGCUUUUCUUGUGCGGCUUCUUCCCACAAAAUCUGGAACACAAAAAAAAAGUAAAGAAUAACUUCUCUAUAGAAUUACUUUCAUUGGAAGUGUCUCUAUUUAGAAGGUCUAACUUCCUUCAUUUUCUGCUUCCAAAAACUCUCCUAAACCAACCCAACUGCGCUUUUUCUCAGACAGAUUAAAAAAAAAACCUCUACUGAACCAGCCCAGAGCGCAACUAAACGACUCGAAUUCAAUUCAAUCAUGAUCAUUUAACAUCGUGCUAGAGCUUUAAGGGAACAUGACCUAUGUAUUGUAUUCACUGGGAUCAUCAUUAUUUUCAAACAUAUUUCGUUUCGCUGCAACUAGAUUUUAGGUCUUACUUUUUAAACAAAUAUUCUGGGAACGUUUAUGACUGAAUUAAACGAGUUAUAUAAGGGUAUUUCGAUUCGUUUAAAAUGUUUAUGAUUUUAUCACUAAUUUCGGAAAAUGUUUAUUAUAUAAAGAUGUACACUGUAUCUCUUAUAUUUACAAUAAUAAAAGAAAAUGUUUAUUUUUUGCGUUA